UCGACGAAUAUGUCAAAAUGAUUGACUUCGCUAGUUCUGGAGUGCCUGAAAGUGUUGGAGGAGAUUCUUCUCCAGUUUUUGAGAUUUAUCUUUAUAUUUCUCAUUGACAAUGAACAGAUUCGAGUACAGGGAGUCCAGGAUGAUGCCCAACGAGGGCUACAUCAGAAGGGAUCAUCCUGUCAGACUUUAUGAUGGCGACACGAAGACGAAUUUCGUGGGAGGAGAAAUUGUAUUGACGAGUCACCGACUCAUCUGGGGACGUCCCCAGGAUGUCGCCCAGGGCCAGAUCUGUUUAUCCCUGUCCUUGAGACACGUAGUGUUCUUUGAAGAGGACAGUGCAGGGGUUUUCUCAUUCAGCAGAAGUAAAAAAGUUGUUCUACACUUGGCAGAACCGCUCCCAGAUAAAUUACCAGGUCCAGUAGAUAACAGCUUCCACAUGUAUAUAAAAUUGUCCUUCAAAGAGGGCCUUAAUCCUGGGUUUCUGUCAGACUUUGCUGAUGCCAUCAUGAGAAAGAGUUGGGAGGUAAUGCCCAUAAUGCCAACGAUAGCCAUGUCCGAAUUGAGUGUCCAGGGGCAAUCAGAAGGUGCCACUCAACUUCGAACGAUAAAGACACGAACUGGAAUUAUAGGAAUCGAGCGGAGCCUUCAGGAACGCCAGAAAGCCACUGACAACAGCAUUUCCAUGGCGUUCCAGGAUCUGAGGAAACUCAUGGAGAUGGCCAAGGACAUGGUGACGAUAUCGAAAACGAUUUCGGCUAAGAUAAGGGAACGACAGGGGGAUAUUACUGAGGAUGAGACUGUGAGGUUCAAAUCUUAUUUGAUGAGCAUGGGAAUCGAUGAUCCUGUUACGAGGGAUGCUUACAAAACGAGUAAUGAGUAUUUCAGACAGCUGGCUGUGCAAUUGUCCCAGAUAUUGGAGGAACCAUUGAAGGAAGUUGGAGGGAUGAUGACAUUAACUGACGUUUAUUGCCGAGUGAAUAGAGCCAGAGGUUUGGAGCUCUUAUCACCUGAAGAUUUGCUCAAUGCCUGCAGACAACUCGCUCCACUUGACCUUCCAGUGGUGCUCAGAGCAUUUGAUAGUGGAGUUAUGGUGAUACAAGCUCGAUCUCACGAUGACAAUGCUGUUGUUGAAUCUCUUGCUGAAUUAUUGAGAGACAAGGGAUCAAUCACUGCUGAAGAAUUAGCUCAAUCAGCAGGCAUCUCUAUUGUUCUGGCUCGAGAAAGACUCCUGGUAACGGAAAAAUAUGGUAGAGCUUGCAGAGACGAUACAAUCGAAGCCCUAAGGUUCUACCCAAAUUUAUUCCUCGAAGAAGUGUCUUAAGUUUUCAUUUCCCUCCGAAAAAUAAUGUCUAUAUUUUUCUGAUUGCUUGCAAGUGGCUAAUCAUUGUUGGAUAAUUCCAUUCUGCCCGUUCUGAGAUCAAAAAUACCUCUGAAAUCGUGUAACAUGCUGAAUAAACAAAUUUAUUUUACAAAUAAUU